CUGUAGCGCCAGGAAGCAAAAGGCAGGCCUUUCUUUACCAUCCUCGCCUCUCCCCCUUCGCUGCCUCCGAGACGACGACGCGGGCCGCCGCCAUGCCGAAGCUGAGCAAAGAGUCCAAGCAGCGCCUGCAGCACUUGUUCAAGGGCGGGCAGUUUGCCAUCCGGUGGGGCUUCAUCCCGGUAGUACUCUAUCUAGGUUUUAAGAGAGGUGCGGAUCCUGGAAUGCCUGAGCCAACCGUUUUGAGUCUGCUUUGGGGAUGAAGGAGUUAACCACACCAUUCUGGAAGCCGCUGCUGAGCAGGAAAAAAAAGAUGGAGAUGCACACAUUCCAAUGGCUAGAAAAACAGCACUGAGCUAUGCCACUGGCAAGCAGACUUCCCUGACAACAUGGAAUAUGCUUACAACAGAAUGGAAUUUCCGUUGGUCUAAUUUAUUUGUGUUGCACUUUCAUUUUUUCCCUUUAGAAUAAAUAUUUUGUCUGAAA